UGCUAUCAAUAGGCGGCGUUUCACAGCCACAACAACAGUAAGGUACUGGCAAACCUCUUUGACCGUGCUUGACAUUCUUAAGUGUCGCUCAUCCUCGGUGGGUGAAUGUUUAUCUUCACGAUAUUGUCCCGAAAUGGCAUUGAGCGUGGCGGUGGUUGAUAGUUCGAUGUAGUACUUGGAUUCAGAAUUUAUAGGAUCUUACAAAUAAUGCAUCCCGAGAAAGAGAAGACGGCUAACACAUCCAGUGGCUUUUUUUUACCAUCCAGAAAAGUCAACAACAGCGCGAAAUCAUCCAUGGGUGUAGAAAUUCAGCAUGAAAUCGUCUUUAGCAGUUCAGUGCCUUCACCCUCCACCCUCCCACACCCCUGCCUUAGUCAUUCAGGCCUUGUGAAUGUCUCCAACCAAAUUCAAAGUAUGGACCUCAACGGGAGCGACGGCGGCGAGAAUAGUCGUUCCCCAAGUCAUGCUAUUGCCAUCCCAAGCGGAAUCUCGCUACACUUUAAGCGUCCCAUCUUCCCCAAUUUGCCUUACUCACCCAUGAGCUCACCCUCCAAUGUCCGCCGUCGCUGUCCUCUGAAACAAAGCCGUCAUGUUAGCAUAGAAAAAACUGGCCAGUACAUCCAACUCAACCAGUAUUUAUUGAAAGAACCGAUUGGCCAGGGUUCUUAUGGAAUCGUCAAAUUGGCUUACAAUGAAGCCGAUGACAUCCACUAUGCCAUGAAGAUCCUUUCAAAGAAAAAACUACUCCAAAAAGCAGGUGUUUAUGGCCGGCUAGCUCCACAAAGAAAUAAACUCGGUAAAAGUGGUAGCACUGGGACCAUAACACACCCCCUCGAUCGAGUUCAUCGAGAAAUAGCCGUUCUUAAGAAACUGGAUCAUCCCAAUGUCGUCAAAUUGGUAGAAGUCCUUGAUGAUCCUGCUCAAGACAAUCUAUACUUGGUGUUUGAACUACUGGAAUUGGGACCCGUGGUGGAAGUGCCAAAUGAUAAUCCGAUGGAAGAAGAUCAAGCUCGGAUUCGCUUUCGUGAUUUGUUGUUGGGAAUUGAAUAUCUGCAUCAUAAUCACGUUAUCCACCGUGACAUCAAACCAGCGAACUUGCUUCUUGGAGACGACGGUCUGCUACGCAUCGCUGAUUUCGGUGUCUGUAACGAAUUUCAUGGAGCUGAAGAUGUUUGGCUUGACAAUACGGUCGGAACUCCAGCUUUCUUGGCACCGGAAGCAUUGGUUGGCAAGUUUUCUGGCAAGGCAGCAGAUAUCUGGUCGAUGGGAAUCACUCUUUACGCCUUCGUCUAUGGCAGUCUUCCUUUCUACGACACCAACAUCGUAGCAUUAUACGGACUGAUUCAACAUCAAGGGUUGAGAUUUCCUGCCAGACCAUCGACUUCCGCCAAGUUAAAGGACUUGUUGAUUCGUAUGCUUUGCAAAGACCCAAGCAAGCGUAUCACUGUUCCAGAGAUCAAAGUUCACUCAUGGGUAACUUGUGACGGUUCCUGGCCGCUUCCGGCAGAAGAGGAAAACUGCAAAAGCGGACCUCUAGAGAUUACUGCUGAAGAUGUGGCUCACUCGGUUCGCUCCAUUCCACAUCUCGCAUCGCUCAUUCUCGUCAAAGCCAUGUUACGCAAACAUUCAUUCCAGCAUCCCUUUAAAGUAAAUUCCAAUCCAUCGUUAGUCAAAGCAGGACGUUCGGAGAUGAUGGGGAAGCAAUUGCGAUUUCAAUCAGGUGGAAGGUCCAAUUCGGCUCCGGAUUCCUACAGUGUUUUCUUCGAAAGGGGAGUAUCGUUGGACUUGCCCGUACUUCGUGAAGCUGCAACAGAUGUGAGCUCCCAGUAGCUAAUCACGUGUUGCAUUGGCUUCGUUCCAAUAACCGCGUUCCGCAACUUUUCAUGAACGUUCGCGUUCAAUUUUGCCAGUUACCACUCAACGUGGAAUAUUCGCUACUUACAUUUUCUUUCCCCUUAUACCACUUAAAUACCACAAACGACUUGCCGAUAGUGAAUAGGUAUUUAGGAUUUUCGCAUACUCCUUUCCUAUUUCUUAUAAGAUCCAUUUUGCGAUUUAAUAUCCGAUUAUCACGAAGCGCAGCAUCAUGCACUUAAAUCCUAUCCUUUGUCCUCACUUCCUGCCAUUUCAUGCGAACAAGUGCACAAAUAUUACUGUUGUCUUAUCGUUCACAAUUCCAUUUGCUGUUAGCACUCAACAAUUUUAACUCUAACUAGAUCGACUAGAAAAGAUGUUUUGUUCUUUUUUAAUAUUUCACACACGGUGAACAAAUGUCGAAUCUCUAUUCCUUUCUUUCCUCAACCCGUUGAUGGUUAUUCUUUUUAAACGUUUCUACAAAUUUAUGAAAUAUAUCAAAUUCCAUUUUCUACCGCCAA